AAUAAAAAGUGAACAAAAAAUUGUGUGAAAAAACAAACAUUUUAUAUAGUUUUUCAAGUGAAAUAAAACUAACUUUCGGAAACCGGAGAGCAGCAGCCGCUCAGACAGGAUAUCGCCAGGAGAGGGAGUGAAGGGGCUUACCGCCCUUUGCGGGGGCUUGUCUUACAAAGGAAAGCCCCCUUUGCUAGUUCAUGCAAAGCACGUCCUUCAACUGGAGCAUACGAGUGUGGCGUAAGAGACCUGAUCCUUGUAUCCCUGGCAAAAAGGAGACCCUGUGACCCACCCAUCUCCCCCAGCAUGUCCGAGCCGGCACGGACCACUGAAGAGCUGUGCUCCCCCAUAUCGAACGACGAAAUCUCCAACUCCUCUACCAUGUCCACUGCCCUUGACUUGAUCCACACUGGUUGUGUGCCCCUCCUGGAACGUACUGCCACGGACCUAGAGCCGCUGCCAAAGAAGGAGCUAGGAGCAAAUACCCAGGUAGUGAAAGGAUCGGAGGCACGACCAGAAGCAGGAUCAGAGACACUACCAGAAGCAGGAUCAGAUGCACAACCACAAGCAGGUUCAGAAUCACGGCCAGAUCCAGUACCAGAUCCAGCAGUACCUUAUUCAGCACCAGAUCGAGCACCUGACUCAGUACCUGACACAGUAUUUCAUGCAGCAACACAUCCAGCACAUGACGCAGUACCUGAUUCAGUACCAGAUCAAACACCCGACUCGGUACCUGAUUCAGCACCUGUCGCAGUAUCUGAUUCAGCACCAGGUUCAGCACCUGAUACAGCACCAGAUCCAGCACAGGAUCCAGCAAAAGAUACAGCACCUGAUGCUGUUCCUAAUGCAACAACACAUCCAGCACCUGACGUAGAACCAGAUCAAGCACCUGAUUCAGCACCUGAUCCAGCACCUGAUUCAGCACCUGAUCCAGCACCUGACGCAGUACCUGAUUCAGCACCAGAUCCCGCACCAGAUCCACCACCAGAUCCACCACCAGAUCCACCAUCUGAACCACAGCCGGAAGCAGGAGCAGAAGCCACACCAGAGACGCCCAAAGCCAACCCGGAAGGCCAAGCCACACUUGAGUCGCCAAUGAUCUCGAUCAGCGCUCAAAUGUCCCCGGAUGCGCCGGUCUUCUAUCCAAUGGGCACCUGUUUCGCACGCAUCUUGGACAAUGAAGAGGAGCCCCUCCCGCGCAUGUCGUCGAGGAGCGCAUUCGAGUUUGGUCUCGAGAACGGAACCGGCCCAUACAUUGGCCCAGGAGGUGAUAUUCCCCGAAGCUAUCAGUUCGUGAACCCCGAAAGCGGCGAGCGCAACUGCAACAGCUUCGGGUUGGGCAUGAGGCGCAGCAGUACCACUAUUGAUAGUCAGGAGACCGACGAACAGCAACCGGAUCCCUCCACACCCUGGACAGCCUACUACUACGGCAGGUCGGGGGCGGCCGAGGAGCCUUCAUUUGCCAGACCCAACAACAGUUGCACCGCCGAAUUUGUCGCGGAGUCAUCUAUGAGCGGAUCCUCCCCAGAGUUCCCGUCCUUCGAGUCCUUCGCCGCGCAGCUGGACGAUAUCGGGUUGGCGCGCGACGAGUUCAUGGCCACGCUGCGCAACCUUUUGAUACGGGCCAACGACCUGAUGGCGCCCCUCCUUCGAGGGGCCUUCCAGCACAUGACGCCCAUCCAGAUGGCCGAGUACACCACCGCCAUUCUCGAGACGCCGCCCCUGCAUCCGAGUCUCUUCAUGCCGGCGAACGUGCCGCGUCCCUGGACGGGCGUUACUGGAAUCAACCUGCCCUUCGACCUCCAUCCGCACAGCCUCACGCCCGACGAUCUGACCCGCAUACAGGCAAUGCCCAAGGCAGUGAACGCCGCCACCCAGACGGAGUACCGAUGCAUGUGCAUGCUCAUCGCGUCGGGGGGAUCUGUGCCAGCGCCUGCGCCCGUAGCGCCGACCUACUUCCAAGGACCGACACCCAUCAACGGACCCCGGAUGACGGUGCCUGGCGGAGGACCCAGUGGAUCCGGUGGAACGAGGGCUCCACAGUCGUAUCCACCCAUGUCGGCGCCAGGAUCUUCACAGAACGUACCACCACCACAGCCACCACCACAGCAGUUUGGCUUCUGGGCCAGGCCCGUGCCAAUGCCGAUGCAUCCACACCAGGUCCCGCAUCCGCCCCCGCAUCGCAUGCCCCGCCAACCUCAUCCGCACGGCGCCUUUCCUCAUAAUCCGCCUCACCCGCAUCCGGGAAUGCAGCCGGGAACGCAGUCUGGAGUGCAGCCUGGAAUGCAGCCGGGUCAUCCAAUGGCGCCGCAUCACCCACAGGGUAGCAACCGUGGCUACCGCGCACCUGGUCCCUACAGUCCGCGCAACCAUGCCAACCAGGGCCGCUAUGGAGCCAUAGGCAGCGGGCGUCCCAGCCAGAACAACGGUCGGAACUACCAGAACUCAAACUACCAGAACUCGAACUACCAGAACUCGAACUACCGUGGGCACCUCCUCUACGCUAGGCCAGGUGCCAGCCAGUCGAUGGCUUCUGUCCCUCCCACUCCCGCUGGCAAUCCGGCUCAUACGAUCGACCCGGGCAUGCAGCAGAGAUUCAAUCUCGGAUCGCAGGGUGGCAAUGUGGCCGAUGGAACAAGCACCACCGCCAGGCAGGAAGCUUCUAACUCGUCGCCCACGGAGUCCUCCGCCACCGAGAACUCUAGUCCCCGCUCGCAGAUCGGGAAUGCUGAUUCGGGGCGCCAGGGAAGCGAGGAGAGCAGCUACGCGGAGGAGGACACCGACGAGGACGACGCCGAGGGGGAGGAAGAGGAAGAGGAAGAGGACGAGGAGGAGGGCACCGAUGAAGACGACGACGAGGAGGAAGAGGAGGAUGAGGACAGUGAAGAGCAGAGUGCCGAGGGUCCGGCUACAGAAGGAGGAGGAGCCGCUGGUCAAGGAGACGACAUGGAGCACCAGCCACCCAGGCAGUCUGCAUCUCCCGAUCCCCGGUCGUACUGCUUCGGCGAGGUGGAGUUCAUGAACUACGUCAAUACGCCCAUACUGCCCGGUCCCGGCCAGCAGAACUUCGGGGCCACCUACAUGGAGCACGGCCUACCGCAAGCCCCGCGCCCCAACGUGCCCUGCGCCCAGGUUUUGCCCCACGUCACGCCAAGCCACUUUCCAGGCUAUCGCGCUGCUCCGGACCAGUUAUCCCAGACAUCUCAGCCAUAUCGGCCAUCUCAACCAUCUCAGACAUCCCAGCCAUCCCAGGCAAUGCCCUUGAUGCCAGGAAGCAGCUUCUUGCCAAAUGCAGUCCCCGCCGGAGUCCCAAUGGGAGAUGCCCAGUUCAAGGAGCCCUCAACGUCCCAGGAACAGUUUAAUAACAACCAAUUCAACCAUGGCGGACCAGCCGUGUUCGGCCAACAGCGACCCAAUCCCGACUACAAUGCAUCCAUGCUGAGCGCAGAGUCGGGUUCCAGUGGCAUAUACUUGAGACCCGCCGGCCCCCAGCCCCAGGCCAUCUAUCCAAUGCGGCAAGAGCGACCCAUGGCCCCGAUCCUGUUCGAGGUGGGCGGCAAUCGCAGCCAAGGCGCCGGUUCGCCAAUAAUGAUGCAGAGCGUCAAUGGCAAUGUGGGUCUUAUGAAUGCCCACGGACACGGGCAUGGACGCGGUCGUGGUUCUAGUCGCGGCCCCCAGGGCCACAAUCUUUAUGGUCAGAUAAACCCCCAGCCCCAUCAAAACCACCAAAACCACCUGCCCCACCAAAACAUGUCCUAUAACGGCAACAUGGGCCAGAACAUGAUGUCUCCGCAACUGCGCAGCGGUCCGGUUCAGGUCAACCCCAUAAGCACAAUGGGGAGGGGCAUGAACAUGGGCGUCGGACUGCUGCCCCUACCGGUGCAGAUGCUAAGUCCAAACCGGAUGGUGCAGCCCAACAUGCAGCAGGGUAUGCAGCAGCCCAACAUGCCACAAGGAAUGUCACAAAUAAUGCAACAAGGAAUGCAACAAGGAAUGCAACAAGGAUUGCAACAAGGAAUGCAACAAGGAAUGCCACAAGGAAUGUCACAAGGAAUGUCACAAGGAAUGCCACAAGUAAUGCCACAAGUAAUGCCACAAGUAGUGCCACAAGUAGUGCCACAAGUAGUGCCACAAGUAGUGCCACAAGUAAUGCAACAAAUAAUGCCGCAAGUAAUGCAACAACUAAUGCCACAAGGAAUCCCUCAAGGAAUGCCUCAAGGAAUGCCUCAAGGAAUAUCACAAGGAAUAUCACAAGGAAUAUCACAUGGAAUAUCACAAGGAAUACCACAAGGAUUGCCCCAGGGAUUGCCUCAAGGAAUGCCCCAAGGAAUGCCUCAAGGAAUGCCUCAAGGAUUGCCACAAGGAAUGCCACAAGGAAUGCCACAAGGAAUGCCCCAGGGAAUGCAUCUGGGAACGCCUCAGGAAAUGCCUCAGGGAAUGCCUCAGGGAAUGCCCCAGGGAAUGCCCCAGGGAAUGCCCCAGGGAAUGCCCCAGGGAAUGCAUCAAGGAAUGCCCCAGGGUAUACCCCAACCCAAUAUGCAACAGGGAACACCAAUGAACAUCCCGCCGCCCAACCGCAUGAGUCCUUGCCACAAUCCCAACGCGAUACCUAACUUCCAUCUGAAUGGCCAAAACCCUGAGAUCAACAGGAUGCCGCCAAUGGACGGCGCAGCUGGACGAGUCAAUGCCGCCAAUGGCGAGAUGAACCAACAAAUGAGGGCUGCUCCCGCCUCCGUACCCGUUCCAGUUCCUGCUCCCGUCACCGCCCCCAGCCCCGAUCCUCGACAGAAUUUUGCAGCCAAUAUGGUUAACAAGCCACGGCCGACCACUUUAAGUAACCCCGGGUCGAGGGUGUCAUCGCCAGCCGCUCCGAGACCCAAUCAUCCACCCGGAACCCCAGCUCCGGAAGAGACUCCCAACCAGCCGAAGAUCACCCAGCCAUCCUACGCAUCCCUGCUGCAGUAAAAGCAUCUUACGUGAUUUCUAUACAACUACCUCCAUCGUCUUCCGGCCACCAUUUAAAUUAUAUGUAACCUACGUUCCUUUUUUUUCUGGUCAAAUAAAUUAAACACACCAU